AUGGCACCGACACCGCCUCCAAUUCCAAGCGGGUUUUCCAUGCAAUCAACUAGGCUACCAUCGCCAUCAGGCUCGCGUCCUCGCCAUUCCCUCAACUCGUCCUUCUCGUUUGGUCCUCAGCCUCUCGUCGACUCAUUCGCCGAAGUAAACAGCAGUAUCGCGUCGAAUCCGCGCUCUUUCGCGCUUGACCCGAACCGGUCCAUACUGCAAGCUUCUCCGUUGUGUUCUUCGCCGCGUGUGCCGAGGAGAACGAAAGUGAACACGAGCAGACAUCCUCUCGCUAAUGACAAUUCGAACAUCUUCAAUGACGAUGGCGACGAUGAGGCGGAGGAUGAAGAUGAGUACCAGCUCGGAAUGAUAGACCGCAUGCGUUUGUGGAGACAUGACGCUCUGAUGCAACAUCUCUACGAUACGGCAGCAUUCUGGGGCGACAAGGUUCUUAGCUGGACAAAUGACCCGAACGACGCGUUUUGGUUGGCUCAAACUUACUUCUCCACGCACCAGUACUCCCGUGCUGAGCGAUUGCUCACGCGUCCUUUCCCUACAACGCCGCCUAAAAGCACACCUGGACAACCGCCGCUAAACAACGGCCACUUCCAACCAUCCAACAAAGCCAAAGGCAAGGCAAGAGAGGUCCCCGUCCCUACUCCACAGGUAGUCGCUCCUAUUAUCGAACGCCUGCCCGUAGGCCCGAGCGAGAUGGUGGAGGUCGCUGCGCGAUACGAGGAGGGUGUCUCGCGGCUUGUAGACAUGAGUGUCGCAUGCAGAUACCUUGCUGCUCAAUGUCAGGUUCGUCAGGGCAAGUGGAUGGAGGCAACUGAGAUGCUGGGCGAGGCGAAUCCCUUCCGUGGCUCUGGCCGAAGUGGCCCAGAGGUUCCGAACGUGGAUGGUGGUAUCAAGAUUGAAGCGUCUAUGUGCCACCUGCGUGGCCUGCUCAUGCUCAAGCUCAAUCGAGGCGAGCAGGCCAAGCUAUGCUUCAUGGAGGCGUUGGCUCUAGACAUCAAAUGUUAUGAGGCUUUCCAGCAACUUAUUUCGGGAGAGAUGAUGACUCCCGACGAAGCAGAGUGGGAGUUCGUGCAAAACCUGGCAUAUAAAGAGCAGACGCCUGAAGACGGCGAAUUCAUCCGCAUGAUGUACACAUCUAGGUUGCGGAAAUAUAAGCAUGCGGAAGAGCACGCAAUUGCGAGAACUCGCCUCGUGACCGACUAUGGCUUGGGCGACAAUCCGGACGUGCUGUUCAGCUUCGCAGAUGCACUAUAUUCUCAAUUUAGAUGGGCAGAUUGCUUUGCCAUCACGACUAGAAUUCUGGGCCUUUCCGCUAUACAUGUGCCGACAAUGCCCUUGCAUAUAGCAUGCAUGCACCAUCUAUUACAUCUCAACUCAAGAUUGUUCAUUCUUGCACACGAACUUGUAGACCAAGAGCCGGAGUCGCCCGUCAGCUGGUAUGCCGUGGGUGUAUGGUACUUUUCCGCGAAAAAAUGGGCCGAAGCGCGGACGUACUUUAGCAAGACCUCCCUCAUGGAUCCGCGCUUCGCUCCUGCGUGGAUAGCAUUCGCGCAUACGUUUGCCGCAGAAGGCGAGCACGAUCAUGCGAUUACCGCAUAUUCCACUUGUGCACGCAUGUUCACGGGAUCGCAUCUGCCACUGAUGUAUGUCGGCAUGGAACACAUUACACUUGCGAACUACCCCUUGGCAGAUGAAGCCCUCAAUGCCGCUUUUGCAAUAUGUGACGCCGACCCGCUGUUGUCGAACGAACGCGGAGUCAUGGCAUAUAAUCACAACGACUUUGAACUGGCAGUGAUUUUGUUCAAGGAAGCUCUCGACCUUGCAAAGACAGUACAAACAUCUGAACAAGCUUGGGUCAAUAUAUAUCUCAACCUCGGCUCGGCAUAUCGCAAGCUCGGGCGAUUAGAAGAAGCGAAGGCCGAGUACCAAAGGGUUAUCGAGGUCGACCCGCAGAACCAGUCCGGGCUUGCUUUCCUCGGAAUCACGUACCAUCUGUUGGGUGACAUCGAUGCAGCCAUAGAGAAGUACCACGAGGUGAGUCUUCAAUUGUCCUGA